AUGGCAAGCUCAAAGCAUCAUCCUGCUUAUGAAAUGCCGGGCAAUGACUCCGACCGGCGUCAUUCCAGUGCUCAAGAUGUGGAAAAGACCGACAGGAGACUCAGCCAGGUGGACGUCGCCCGCAUUACCAAAGUCUCCUCCAUCAUCACAGUCUUUGUUUCCGGUCUGGCACUCUUCUCGGACGGGUACAAUGCGCAGAUCAUUGGAUACAUGGAGCCGCUAUUCACAGACUUGUACCAGGAAGGCAUGUCCAGCAUCAUCAAGACCAGGCUGUCCAAUGCCUACCUCAUCGGUGAGAUCUUUGGGAUGCUGUUCUUCGGUUUCAUCAUCGACAAGAUCGGCCGUCGGACGGGAAUCGUGUUUGCGACGCUUUUCCUGGUCCUGGGUAUUGUGUUAGCUACUGCCGCGCAUGGCACGUCCCAGGUCGGCAUGUUUUGGAUGAUGAUCGUUGCACGUGGUAUCGCUGGGUUCGGGGCUGGAGGCGAAUAUCCCACCUGCGGAACAGGUAGCGCCGAGGCGUCCGACGAAAGUGAAUACGUUCGCCGCAAGCGAGGCUUCCUCGUCGCCGUGGCCACAGAUUUCGCCAUUGACUUCGGAUUCGUCAUGGCCGGCGUGAUUGCGCUUAUUGUGAUCGAGUGCUACCACGAGAACGUCUCCAGCGGUACCUGGCGCGUCUGCUUCGGGUUGGGCUUCGUCCUGCCCUUGGUUCUCUUCUUCUUCCGUAUACGCAUGGUUGAGUCAACCCAGUACCGCAAACAUGCCAUCAAACACAAUGUACCGUACUGGUUGAUCAUCAAGCGCUACUGGAAGCCCAUGGUGGGGACCUCCCUCGCCUGGUUCUUCUAUGAUUUCGUCACUUACCCGUUCGGCAUCUUCUCCUCCACCAUCAUCGGCCAGCUCAAUCCCAACAACACCCUCGUCCAAAACAUCGGUUACGGCACCGUAGUCAACUGCUUCUACCUCCCCGGCUGCCUGGUCGGCGGCCUGCUCAUGGACCGCAUUGGGCGCAAACAAACCAUGUGUCUUGGUUUUGGCCUCUGGGCAAUAUUGGGAUUCAUCCUCGGCGGCGCCCUCAACCCCAUCCAGUCCGUCUUCCCGCUCUUCGUCGUCAUGUACGGCAUCUUCAACUCACUGGGCGAAAUGGGCCCCGGCGUCGCCACGUUUCUGUGUGCCGCCGAAUCUUUCCCCACACCACUCCGUGGUCAUUUUAUGGGCUUUGCCGCCGCGGUGGGGAAAGCCGGUGCGGCGAUCGGGACACAAGUAUUCACGCCCAUUCAAAAUUCAUUUAGCGACACGGAGAAGGGGACGCAAGCGGUUUUCCUGAUCGGCGCGGGCUUUGCUGCCAUGGGCGGUAUUAUCGCCUGGGUGUUCAUCCCUGACCGAGACCGAGACCUGGAAAGCGAGGACGCCAAAUUCAGGAGUUACCUCGCGGAGAACGGGUAUGACGGCACUUUUGGGGAGAGUCUGAUGCACGAGGUCAGAACCACGGCGUUCAAGCCCGAGGUUCUCAAGACGUCGUGA